AUGCAGCCGGCAAUGAUGAUGUUUUCCAGUAAAUACUGGGCAAGGAGAGGGUUUUCUCUGGAUUCAGCGUUGCCCGAAGAGCAGCAGCUCCUUGGCAGCUUAACUGUUUCUACCUUCUUGAAGUUAAGUAAAGCUAACUCUGGCAAAAAGGAUGAUAAAAAAAGCAGCAAGGGAAACAGCAAAAGUGAAACCAGUCCUGAAGGCGGCAAAACAGCUGUUGUAUUCUCACUGAAAAAUGAAGUUGGCGGAUUGGUAAAAGUGUUGAACCUCUUCCAGGAAAAACACGUCAACAUGGUUCAUAUUGAGUCUAGGAAAUCCCGGCGAAGAAGUUCAGAGGUUGAAAUCUUUGUGGACUGCGAGUGUGGCAAAAUCGAAUUCAAUGAACUCAUUCAGUUGCUGAAAUUUCAAACUACAAUUGUGACGCUGAAUCCGCCGGAGAACAUUUGGACGGAGGAAGAAGAACUAGAGGAUGUGCCCUGGUUCCCCCGGAAGAUCUCUGAGUUAGACAAAUGUUCUCACAGAGUUCUCAUGUAUGGUUCUGAGCUUGAUGCCGACCACCCAGGAUUUAAGGACAAUGUCUAUCGACAGAGAAGAAAGUAUUUUGUGGAUGUGGCCAUGGGUUACAAAUACGGUCAGCCCAUUCCCAGGGUGGAGUACACAGAGGAAGAGACAAAGACGUGGGGCGUCGUGUUCCGAGAGCUCUCCAAGCUCUAUCCCACUCAUGCUUGCCGGGAGUAUUUGAAAAACUUCCCUCUGCUGACUAAAUACUGUGGCUACAGGGAGGACAACGUGCCUCAACUCGAAGACGUCUCCGUGUUUCUGAAAGAAAGAUCAGGCUUUACCGUGAGGCCGGUGGCUGGAUACCUGAGUCCGAGAGACUUUCUGGCGGGACUGGCCUACAGAGUGUUCCACUGUACUCAGUACGUCCGACAUGGCUCAGACCCCCUCUAUACUCCAGAACCAGACACAUGCCAUGAACUCCUGGGACACGUUCCACUACUUGCGGAUCCUAAGUUUGCUCAGUUUUCACAAGAAAUAGGCCUGGCAUCUCUGGGAGCAUCAGAUGAAGAUGUACAGAAACUAGCCACCUGCUAUUUCUUCACAAUCGAGUUUGGCCUUUGCAAGCAAGAAGGGCAACUGCGGGCUUAUGGAGCUGGACUCCUUUCCUCCAUUGGAGAAUUAAAGCAUGCUCUUUCUGACAAGGCAUGUGUGAAAGCCUUUGACCCAAAGACAACUUGCUUACAGGAAUGCCUUAUCACCACUUUCCAGGAAGCCUACUUUGUUUCAGAAAGUUUUGAAGAAGCCAAAGAAAAGAUGAGGGACUUUGCAAAAUCAAUUAUGCGUCCUUUCUCUGUGUACUUCAAUCCCUACACACAGAGUAUUGAAAUUCUGAAAGACACCCGAAGUAUUGAAAACGUGGUGCAGGACCUUCGCAGUGAUUUGAACACAGUGUGUGAUGCCUUGAACAAAAUGAACCAGUAUCUGGGGAUUUGAUACCUGGGACCAGUGUCAUUGCCAACGUGAUCUUUUUGGGGCUUUGUAGUA